AUGGCAUACUACGAUCACUCGGGCUCCUCGUUUCAGUUCGGUGCCCCGGGCAGAUUCGCGGUACCAUACUCUCACCAAUGCGCCUACCGGGCGCUGGCUAGCCUAGGAGUGGACGAAGCGGUUCAACGAGCUCUAUCCGGUCUCCAGGAACGACGCUGGCAUGGCAAGAUUGCGGUCGCUACUCAUGAUAUCCGCACCGAGAGGUUUGACCGACAAGCUUUGAGGGUCAUCUCUCACAAGACGCGAUGGUAA